AUGUUGUUGGUACUUAUUCUUUUGGCGAGCAUCUUGGGGGUGAGGGCGAGUGCAAAGUCGUCGUCGUCGUCUAGUCAUGCCGGGUUAUCGUCUAGUCAUACGAAACUGACGUCUACGCAUACGAAGUCAGCUUCUGUUCAUCCAUCAUCGACAUCUGGGUAUGGGCCACCGACGUCGGCUCAGUCAGGCAUCACUUGUACUGUCACACCAGCAGCCAACGGGGCAGAUUCAGCAGCAGUUAUUCGAAAGGCCUUCAAGAGCUGUGGCAGGGCCAAAGCUGGACAACGCAAUCGCAUCGUGUUUGAGAACACCACCUACACCAUUGGAAGCGUACUGGAGACCACCAAUUUGCAGAACGUCGACAUUGAAUUGUACGGAACACUCUCCUGGGACAAUUCGAAUUUGGACUAUUGGCUGAAGAACUCGUUGGUCGUUGGAUAUCAAAAUCAGAGUACGGCUUGGAGGCUUGGUGGAGAUAGCAUUACGUUCAAUGGAUACGGAACUGGCACCUUUGAUGGUAAUGGAGAUGCGUGGUAUCGUUUCAUCAAUGGAAGGUCGAACUAUCCCGGGCGGCCGCAUCAAUUGACCAUCACCGAUACCACGAAUUCGACUUUUCAGGGCUUGAAUUUCCUUCAAAGUCAAAUGUGGACCAUGACCGUCAUCCACUCGUCGGACGUUCUGCUGCAGGACAUAUAUUUUGACUCCCUGACCUCGAGGGGAUGUGUUGCUGAAUUUAGUGAUCUGAAGAACACCGAUGGUUGCGACACAAUCUAUGCCAACAACAUCACUUUCCGCAGAUGGGUAGUAGACAAUGGCGAUGAUGGAAUAUCGCCAAAAGCGAAUUCAACAAACAUCCUCAUCGAAGACAGCGAGUUCUACAGAGGAUCCGGAAUUGCUUUGGGAAGCAUUGGGCAAAUGCAUGACCAAUUCGAGACGAUUGAGAAUGUGACUUGUCGCAACAUUACAGCUCACAACACGAAGAAUGGGGCCUAUAUCAAGACAUGGACUGGAGUGACGAAAGGAUACCCUCCAAAUGGAGGUGGUGGUGGCUUUGGCUAUGCGCAAAACCUCGUCUUUGAGAACUUCAAGCUGAUCAAUGUCCAAAAGGCAUUCACGAUUACCCAAUGCACGAACUUUGAGGGCAACAAGGCAGGUGAUUGCGACACAUCAAAGUUCAACAUCCGCGACGUAUAUUUGAGAAACUUCACGGGUACCGUUCGAGGAGGGAUCGUAACGACAAUGCAAUGUAGUGCGGCUGCACCCUGCCGCGACAUCCAUAUGUCGAACAUUGUUCUGGAAAACAGUUCGAACCAUACAACGCCAGGACAAUACCAGUGUGCUAGCGUCAACGACACGGUAGGGUUCCUCUGCACAGGACCCCCGGACGGCGAAGACAAUGCUUUCAAAAGGCGUUGA